AUCUCCCCCCACACAAAAAAAAGGGAAAAAAAUUGUCUCUUCCUUCUUUUUCAAUCAUCUACUGAAGUCCGUGCGUGUCUCCAGUGUACGUACCUCAAGAACUUAAUUUGAUGAUAUUUUUUUGUUUUGUAUCUUUUUUUUUUUUUCUGUGCUUAUCACCGACAGACUAAAGAAGUAGUUGUCUCUAUGUAAAAGGCUAAGAGCAAGAACAUGAUGUACAUUUGCAAUACGAAAAAGAGUGUACAUAUGUUCUUCUACAAGCAAUUUCUCGUUGCAAUCCUGCAAUGCGCUUUGGUUUUUUAUCCAAUUCUGGUUCAAUCUCAUGAUCAAAUAGGAUUCAUCAGUAUAGAUUGUGGGAUAGACGUCCCCCGCUACAUAGAUACAGAAAAUGGUUUCGUUUACAAUUCAGACGCAAACUUCACAGAAGCUGGUGAAAACAGGGAAAUAUUAGCAUCUUACAAAGUUCCAAACGUUGACAGGCAAUUUCAUAAUGUUCGAAGCUUUCCUCAAGGAAGAAGAAACUGUUAUACUCUGGAACCCUCAAAAGAAGAUGGUACCAGAUAUUUGAUCAGAGCAAGGUUCAUGUAUGGAAACUAUGAUAACAAAGGCGAAAUCCCUGUUUUUGAUUUGCAUCUUGGAGUUGACCUCUGGGACACAGUAAAAAUUGAUAGUGACUCAGGUAUAACAACCAUGGAAAUCAUACAUAUCCCUUCUCAAGAUUACGUACAUGUUUGUCUUGUAAACAUAGACAAAGGAAUUCCAUUCAUAUCAGUAUUGGAGUUGAGGCCUAUGGAUAGUCAUAUUUAUCUAAGUGAUGAAACUAUCGGAUCAUCACUGCGACUAUUUGAUCGUUUCGACUUUUCAUCAGAAACCAAUCAAACAAUGAGGUACAAAGAUGAUGAAUAUGAUCGCUUGUGGUCACCACUCGUUGCAGAAAAUUGGAAACCAAAUUUAAUUAUAUCCAAUAGCAAUGAAGAUUCCAUUACAAAAGACGACUACGAACUACCGUUCACUGUGAUGAGCAAUGCAUAUACAGAAAGUGGAGGUAACAAUAUUAAUUUAUAUUGGGCUAAUAACAUAACAAAGUCCACCAGCUGUUUGUUCUACAUGCACUUCGCGGAGCUAAAAAAGCUCGGAGGAAAUCAAUCUAGAAAGUUCAAUAUCUACAUCAAUGGGGAUUUGUGGUCCGAACCAUUUACUCUUGAGUUCCUAAAAUCUACCACAAUUAACAACCAACAAGCCAGUAAAACAGACGAUCAAGGAAAUCUUAAUGUAUGGCUUAACAGUACCGACACUUCGACUCUACCACCCCUUAUAAAUGCUUUGGAAAUGUAUGUGCCUAUAAAGCUCUUGGGACAAGAAACAAAUCAAAAUGAUGUGAAAGCUAUCGGGGAUGUCAAAUCGGUGUACAAACUAGAAAGAGUUAGCUGGCAGGGAGAUCCUUGUGCCCCUGAAACUUACAUGUGGGAUGGUCUUAAUUGCAGUUCCAGUGACAAUGAACAGCCUAGAAUCGUUUCUUUGAAAUUGCCCUCAAGUGGAUUAAAUGGGACAAUUGCGCCUUCUAUUGCCAGUCUGACAAUGCUAAAUCAUUUGGAUUUAUCAAACAACAACUUAAAUGGUUCAAUUCCGGAAUUUUUAGCUCAACUUUCAUCUUUAAAAGAGCUAUACCUACAGGGAAACGACUUCACAGGUCCAAUUCCGGAUGCACUUCUUAAAAGAUCACAGAAUGGUUUAUUAUUAAGGGUUGAUCCAACUCGGAGUACUCAGUGCUCUUCGGAAUCAUGUGGAAAGAAAGAAAAAUUUUGUUAUCCCACUGGUUGCAGCACUUGCUGGAGUACUUUUCAUCAUCUCAACUACAGUAGUACUGGUCUUGUGGAUAAUGAUGACGUAAACAACGAAUUCAAUGAAGUCGAUGAAAUGUUUUCCACAAAAAAACAGCAAUUUACAUUCUCUGAGAUCGAAGGCAUAACCAACAACUUUGAGAGGGUAAUAGGUGAAGGUGGAUUUGGAAAGGUUUACCUUGGCUUCUUAAAUGGCAAUAAUGUAGCGGUUAAGAUGCUUUCUAAACUAUCCAUUCGAGGACAUCAACAAUUUCACACAGAGCUCAAGCUACUUAUGAGAGUUCAUCACAAAAAUUUGACUACACUCGUUGGAUAUUGCAAUGAGGGAUCCAACGUUGGCCUCAUCUACGAGUACAUGGCUAUGGGAAACUUACGAUCACAUCUUUCAGGUAAAAAUAAAAAAGUCUUGACUUGGGAAGAAAGACUUCGAAUAGCAAGAGACGCAGCUCAAGGUUUGGAGUACCUACACAACGGGUGUAAACCACCCAUAGUUCAUCGAGAUAUUAAGUCGACUAACAUAUUGUUGAACGAAAAGUUUGAAGCCAAAUUAGGUGAUUUUGGUCUAUCCAAGAUUUUUCCUUUCGAAAGUGAAACUAGCACCGCUCCUGGCAUGUCAGCAAGUAUUGCCGGCACUCCUGGUUAUCUUGACCCUGAGUACUACGAAUCAAACUGGUUGAAUGAAAAAAGCGAUGUUUAUAGCUUCGGUGUUGUUUUGUUGGAGUUAAUCACAGGUCGAGCUGUGUUAGAUAGGAGUCGAGAUCAAAACAUUCCCCACAUAAUUCAUUGGGUUAGUUCGAUGCUUGGUAAUGGUGAUAUCAAAAGUAUUAUUGACCCAAAGUUGGAAGGAGAUAAUUUUGAUAUGAAUACCGUCUGGAGAGUUAUUGAAAUCUCAAUGGCUUGUGUCUCAAUACCAUCCACUAAUAGGCCAACCAUGAGUAGCUUAGCGAGUGAUUUGAAGGAGUGUUUGACAAGGGAUAAAACUCGAAAGGACGACGGCUACACUGAGGGUGAAUAUUCGAAAAGCUCAGAUGAAAUGAUAUCGCGAUCGGGAUCUAUGUCUACUCCCAUAGCUAGGUAAUAAAAAUAAUCAAAACUACUGAAAGAGAAAAAAGAAAAGAAGAAGAAGCACCUGAUUAUUUCUAGUAUUUACCUAGAAGAUCAAAGGGCAUUUACGGUGAAUAUAUAAUAAAACAAUAAUCUCAUUUGAGGACA